GCGCGGGGUGGGGGGGGGCUGUGAAGGAACGCGGCGGGACGCGGCGCGGGGGCGCAGCAUGAGGGCGCGACCCCCGCUGGCCGCCCCCCUUAGCGCCCCCGCGCCAUGGAGGGCUUCGCCGCCCGCAGCUACGGCACCGGCGGGACGGACAACCGGCCGCUCUUCGGGGAGACCUCGGCCAGGGACAGAGUCAUCAAUCUAGUUGUUGGCAGCUUAACGUCCUUGCUGCUUGUAGUCACUCUGAUCAGUGCGUUUGUCUUCCCGCAACUACCUCCAAAACCUGUGAAUAUAUUUUUUGCUUUCUGCAUCUCCUUGUGUUGCAUUUCUGCUGGCAUACUUAUCUACUGGUAUCGGCAAGGAGACCUGGAACCUAAAUUUAGGAACUUAAUUUACUACAUAUUAUUUUCUAUUGUCAUGUUAUGUAUAUGUGCCAACCUGUACUUCCAUGAAGUGGGUAAAUGA